AUGUCUACCAUCAAGAUCCCUACCACCUUCCCAAUCGUUGGAAGAGUCGAACCUGGGUUUGAGAGAUUACGUGAGGUGUUCCAGGCCAAUUUCGAUGCUGGAGAAGAGCUUGGCGCUGGAAUCUGUUGUUACGUUAAUGGCAAGAAAGUUGUAGAUUUAGAAGGAGGGUACUUUGAUGAAACGUAUGACCGUGUAUACGCCGGUAGUUUGCAGGUAGUGUUUUCAUCUUCAAAGCUCGUGGAGAGCAUUCUCGUAGCACAUGAGGUCGACCAAGGCAAUUUCGACUAUGACGACAAAAUUGCCCAACAUUGGCCUGAAUUCGCUCAAGGAAACAAGGAAAACGUGCUCGUCAAAGAGCUUAUGGCUCAUAGAGGAGGUGUUGAAGGGCUGAAGAAGAAGCCCACGCCAAAGAAGUUGCAAGACUUGGACGCUAUGGCUCCUCAUUUAGCUGCUCAACCACAUCUGCACGGUGGUAAGACCACCGAAGUGUAUCACGCAUGGACAAGAGGAUUUUAUGCAAAUGAACUGGUUCGACGAACUGACCCCAAGAAACGCGACAUGGGACAACUAGUGCAACAAGUAAUCUCCAAACCCCUCGGAUUGACCUUCUACUUCGGAACACCCAGUCAAGUAGACGACCGGAUCUCACCGUUUGUAUUGUACCCAUAUGCAAACCGUCCCAGAACAGCCGUCGAUGAAGCAGAUCGUGCAAAGGGAAUCCCGGCUCCUCCUCCAGGAUUGUUAGAGACGUUUGAUCUAACUAUAAAUACCAUUGACGUGACGGGCUUGCCACCUCAUCCGUCUGUCCCGAUAUGUGUUGCAAAUACUCGUGAUGGACGGAUUCUACAAGCGCCAUCUACGAAUGGCGUUACGAAUGCGAGAUCGCUAGCGAGAAUUGGUGCUGCUAUGGCUAAUGGCGGCAGUCUUGAUGGGGUGACUAUCUUGACGAAAUCCGGCAUGGAGAGGGCUGCUGUGAAGCAACCGAAAAUGGAGGACGGUCUUUUCCCCGGAAUGCAACUCACAUGGGCUGCUGCCGGCUGGGCAAACUGGGAGAACGAGAUUGUCCCAAAUAGGCAAGAAGAACUAGUGAAAUGGAACAGUGGAGUCAAGUGCUUUGAAGCUAAUGACUACGAGCGCGCUCUGGAUUACUUUGAGGCUAUUCCAGAAACCUCCAAGAUCUCAUUCAACAUUGGAAUGGCUUUCUUGCAGAUCGGACACGUCGAUGAUGCUCUCAAAGCCUUCUCGUCAGCUGUACGCAAAGACACAUAUCUCUCUAUCGCAUACUUUCAACGUGGAUGGUGCUACUUUCGAACCAGGAGAUACGAAGAGGCUUUCAAUGAUUAUGAUUUGGCAUUGGAGAAAAUGAGAGGUGUCCGAUUGAUUGAUUACACUCAACUUGGACUACCAUUCAAGUUGUAUUCAAGUCAUGUCCAAUUCAAUCGUGGCCUCUGCUUUAUCAAGCUGGGAAGUGUGAAUCCUGGACUUGAGGACCUCGACGAUGCUUAUCGAGAUCGUCCAAAAGAUUCAAAAGCAGACAAUGAGAGGAUUGAACAGGCUCAGGAACUGGGUCCUCGAUCUGCCGACAAGCUAUCACUUUUUGAUGUGCCACCUCAACUAUUAUACAAGCCACCUGCAUCAAAGAUUGAAAAUACUGCCAAAGUAGACUAUUUGGGGUCUUCCAAAGUCGUCGCUGCUGUUGAAGCUGCAGACAACUUUACAGGGUUUAGUGGGAAAAGGCUUAAGGCGGCUACUUUGGAUCGCAAUACAGCAACACGAGGACCUCUAGAUGAUGUCCUCCAAGUCGCGGCAUCAAGUCCAAACCUGCAACGAGCAGCAACUGCAUCCGCCAGAUCAAGAACAAUAGACACUGUUAGAGGAGACGACAGCAACAAUGAUAGAGGAGGUAUUGCCAUUACCCGAUCCAAAACGAUUGACACUACACGAUCCGCCGCGACACUCGACACUAGAUACGAAAGUAAUAACAAUAGAAGUAUGACACCAACACCACCCAAAGAACGAUCAUACGCUUCACCCACCUCUGCAACAACACAAUCAUCACAACCAACAUGGACAACAAGCAGAGGUGGUCGAGCAUCUCCUGAAGCACGAGAACCAGAACCUCAGUAUAUACCACAACAACAAUCAUCACAUGAUUCCUCAUAUAGACCACGAAAACAGUCUUUGAAACCAGAUGGUAGUCCAUAUGGGCAGACGAGAAGACCAUCGGAGGAAUCAGAGUAUGGAAAUGCUGGCAGUCAGCGUCGACCAUCUGACAAUCCGUCGGAUUAUGCAGGAAAUGGAAGGAGGCCAUCUGGUGAUCGAGAGUAUGCCAAUCUACGACGACCAUCUGAUCUCAUUAGUAAUUCCAGAACACCUACCUCAGCCAGACCUUCGUCGCCAGCACUCAGCUCUCCGGAUGCUGGUGGAAGGAUCAAGCUCAAGUGCCACUAUGGCGACGACACAUUCAUGAUGCUCAUCGCACCCAACACGCUCUUCCCAGACCUGUCAUCACGUAUAGAAAAGAAGUUCCAAUCCACUCAUCCAUUACGAUUACGUUAUGUAGACGAAGAUGGUGAAAAAGUCUUGAUGACUGAUCAAGAAGAUAUGGAGUUGGCAUUACGUCUAUAUGGGUUUGGUGGCUCUGGAUCUAUAUCGGCAUCUGAAAACAAGCUGGAGAUUUGGUGCUCGAAUGAAUGA